CACUCGGCGCGUGACGUCAGCGGACGCGCCGGCGCCGGCGCCGCGCUCCUGUCAGGGAGCCAUUGUUCAGCCGGUCGCGCUGGCUGCGCUGGGGCUGAAGUGCUCUUUGCGCCUCUCCAGGACUCCGUCCCUCCUUACAGCAGGAGCGGGGGCCGGUCCCUGGCUCUGUCCACGCUGGGGCUCUCAGGUGCAGGCCACCAUGAGCAAACGGAAGGCGCCGCAGGAGACGCUCAACGGGGGGAUCACCGACAUGCUCACGGAACUCGCGAACUUUGAGAAGAACGUGAACCAGGCUAUCCACAAGUACAACGCCUACAGAAAAGCAGCAUCUGUUAUAGCAAAGUAUCCACACAAAAUAAAGAGUGGUGCAGAAGCUAAGAAAUUGCCUGGAGUAGGAACGAAAAUUGCUGAAAAGAUUGAUGAGUUUUUAGCAACUGGGAAAUUACGAAAAUUGGAAAAGAUUCGGCAAGAUGAUACCAGUUCAUCCAUCAAUUUCCUCACUCGAGUCACUGGCAUUGGUCCAUCUGCGGCAAGAAAGUUUGUAGAGGAAGGAAUUAAAACGUUAGAAGAUCUCAGAAAAAAUGAAGAUAAACUGAACCAUCAUCAGCGGAUUGGUCUGAAAUAUUUUGAGGACUUUGAGAAAAGAAUCCCUCGUGAGGAGAUGUUACAGAUGCAAGAUAUUGUACUAAACGAAGUGAAAAAAGUGGAUUCUGAAUACAUUGCUACUGUCUGUGGCAGUUUCAGAAGAGGUGCAGAGUCCAGCGGUGACAUGGAUGUUCUUCUGACUCAUCCAAGCUUCACUUCGGAGUCAGCCAAGCAGCCAAAGCUGCUACACCGUGUUGUGGAACAGCUACAGAAGGUCUGCUUCAUCACAGAUACCCUGUCAAAGGGCGAGACAAAGUUCAUGGGUGUCUGCCAGCUUCCCAGCAAGAAUGAUGAAAAGGAGUAUCCACACAGAAGAAUUGAUAUCAGGUUGAUACCCAAAGAUCAGUACUAUUGUGGUGUUCUCUAUUUCACUGGGAGUGAUAUUUUCAACAAGAACAUGAGAGCUCAUGCCCUAGAAAAGGGCUUCACAAUCAACGAGUACACCAUCCGCCCCGUGGGAGUCACUGGUGUUGCUGGGGAGCCCCUGCCAGUGGAUAGUGAGAAAGACAUCUUUGAUUACAUCCAGUGGAAAUAUCGAGAACCCAAAGAUCGAAGUGAAUGAGGCCCGCCAUUCCUCCCACCACAGUCCAAUAGGAGUCUUAAUUUAUUUCUUAACCUUUGCUACGUGAGGGUCUUGGGUGUUUUUAAAUCAUUGCUUCUUCUCAGGCGUCACUCGCAUUGUAGUCAAUAAACCUCUCAUGCCAUUA